AUGAAUGAGACUCUGGGACGCGGUUAUGCUCGCAUAGAGGCGAUACGAGCGGCACGCGGCGAGCCUCUAGGAGCGAUGACAGACCCUGGUGCUCCGCCCCCUGACCGAUAUAACUCUGUUUAUUUCACACUCUUUGUUGCCGGAGCUGCUUUUCUUCUUCCUUUUAACAGUUUCAUCAUGGCAGUAGACUACUUCCAGCACCAUUACCCCGACACAACUAUCAUGUUCGAUAUGUCAACGGUGUAUAUCGCUUCUGCAUGUGUGGCCGUCGUUACUAACAAUCUCUUGUUAGACCUUUUCACAUACAACACGAGGAUUACCUUCGGUAUCCUGGUGUCUCUCGCUACAAUGUUGUUCGUGGCAGUGUGUAAUAUAGGCUGGGAUGGAUUCUCGAUGCGUGUAUCGUACACCAUAAAUUUGGUUGCCAUAGGCGUAGUCGCCUUCGGCUGCACAGUCCAGCAGGCAUCUUAUUACGGCUUCACUGGAUGUUUACCACCACGUUACACCCAGGCUGUGAUGGCAGGAGAAAGCGCUGCCGGUUUCUGGGUAUCACUAGACCGAAUCGUCACCAAAUACGGUUUUCGGCAACCACGCCGCAGCACAUUCAUGUUCUUCGUGUUCUCUAUUCUUAUAUUGCUGGGGCACUCAAUGUUGCAUCACGUGAUGAUGCGCCACCCAUUGGUGCAACACUACUUGAGACUAACAAAUGAAUCUCGACAUCGCAAACGGAUCCAACUGCAUUUGAAUCCGAAUGAAGAUGUAACAUUGAUGGAAAAUGAAGCAGGUGAAGCAAGUUAUGGUGUACUGAAAAUACAAAGUCCUGUUUUAUCUACAACAGCGGAAACGGAAAACAAAUCGUUUAGUUUUGCAAAUCCUUUGUAUUCGCCGACGGCUCCAGCACCUGCGCCGGUGUCGCCGCCCAGCGUUUCAGAACCAUCCGCUUCGCCGUCCACGCUUCGCACUCCACGACCCUCCUAUAAAGUAGAAGAUGUCGUCUUCGAAACGCCGGAGAGGCUGACCUCAUGGAGGGCUUUCAAAUGUAAGGUAUAUCCGAUAAUGUUUUCGGUAGUCCUCGGUUUCAGCAACGGAUUAUUUGGCUCUGUACCCAUGAUAAUGGCACCUUCACGGGUGGGACGAGAACAUAGAGAAAUUGCAGGUAACAUGAUGACAUUGUCGUACAAUGGAGGUCUUCUAUCGGGAUCUCUCGUCUCGUAUCUAUUACUCAGCAUGCUGGGACCACCUGCUGGGGCGCCGUGCCGCGUCUAUCCCACACCGCCUCUGCCGACAAUACCACCUAUCACAACCACUACCAGUAACCUGACAUUCUUUACUGCCUCACACUGA